GUCAGAUAAACCUUAGUUUUCAUUACUCGGCCAGAAGCAGAAAUAAGUUGUUGGAUCAAGAGCUAUUACAUCAGGUGCUGAACGGGUAAAUUAAUGUAAGUCUCCAUGUACUAAGGAGUAGAUACUGCAAGUGAUUGUAACGUGUUUUGCUUGGUCGCCACACCCCUCCCGAGCAGAUUGUCUUCCCAACUAGUCCAGGUGGAAUGGCCUCAGCAGCUGCCUCGGCUCCCGGGGCCACUCACCUGGCCACCAAGGUGGAGCUGACCAUUUGGUGUGAAAACCUGAUGGACAUGGACGUCUUCUCAAAGUCGGACCCCCUGUGCGCCCUUUACAUCAGCACUUCUGGCUCCCACUGGUACGAGUUUGGGCGCACAGAGAUGAUCCUGAACUGCCUAAACCCAAAGUUUGCCAGGAGGUUUGUCAUUGACUACUACUUUGAGAUGGUGCAGAAGCUGAGGUUUUGCGUGUAUGACAUCGACAAUAGUACGUAUGACUUGAGUGAUGAUGAUUUCUUGGGGGAACUCGAGUGCACACUUGGUCAGAUAGUUUCCAACAGGCAGAUGACCCGACAGUUGCUGCUGAAGGACAGGAGACCUGCAGGCCACGGGACUAUUACUAUAUGUGCUGAAGAAAUAACGGACACAAGAGUGGCAAACUUUGAAGUGUCGGCGAGAAGGCUUGGCAAAAAGUUUCUCUGGUGGUCCGACCCUUUCUUGGAAUUCUACAAGCAGACAGAAACAGGGUGGCAGCUGGCUCACAGGACAGAGGUUGUUCACAACAACCUGAACCCAGUAUGGAGACCUUUCCGUGUUUCGUUGCGAGCCCUCUGUGGGGGAGAUGUGGAAAAACUAAUAAAGGUGGAUUGCUACGACCACCACGUGAACGGCUCGCACGACCUCAUUGGGAGCUUUAGAGCCUCGCUAGCAGAGAUGCUAGCAGGAACACACCUGUCACCUGCGGAAUUUGAAUGCGUCAACUCCAGAAAGUUGAGAAGCAAAAAAUAUAAAAACUCUGGGAUCAUUUGCAUAAAACGCUGCCAGGUAGAGAAGGAAUAUAGCUUCCUGGAUUAUGUGAUGGGAGGAUGUCAGAUCAACUUUACGAUUGCCAUUGACUUUACAGGCUCUAACGGCGACCCCAUGUCCCCUCAGUCCCUUCACUAUAUCAGCCCUGACGGCUACAACGAAUACCUGCAGGCCAUCUGGGCCGUAGGUAACGUCGUCAUAGACUACAACAGUACAAAGAUGUUUCCAGUGUUUGGAUUUGGAGCUGAGAUCCCUCCAUCAUGGCAGGUUUCUCACGAGUUUCCCAUCAACUUCAAUCCAGCAAAUCCCUUCUGUGCAGGGAUAGAGGGAGUGGUGCAGGCCUACCGGCAGUGUCUGCCUCAGGUGAAGCUGUGGGGUCCAACCAACUUCUCUCCAAUCAUCAACCACGUGGCCUGCUUCGCCAGACAAGCUCUCCAGCAGAACGCCGCGUCGCAAUACUUUGUGCUGCUCAUCCUCACAGACGGUGUGAUCACAGACAUGGACCAGACGCGCGCCGCCAUCGUGGCGGCGUCCCGUCUGCCCAUGUCCAUCAUCAUAGUGGGCGUGGGCGGCGCGGACUUCGGCGCCAUGGAGUUCCUGGACAGCGACGACAAACUGCUGCUGUCCCCCACGGGGGAGGCAGCCGCCAGAGACAUCGUCCAGUUUGUGCCUUUCAGACAUUUCCAUGGAAACAGCUUGGCCCUUGCCCAGAGCGUCCUGGCAGAGCUUCCUGACCAAGUGUCGUCCUUCUUCAACGCUUACAAGCUAAAACCACCGAACGUCUUCGGCGUGCCUGAGCCGUCCUAAUGGGAAGGGUCAAAGACACCCAACAUGUCAUUUGGGACUGGGAACCACCUUCCUGCAUCUCCUCCAGUUUUUCAUUUAGCAUGAAAAAGCGCAAAGAAAAAGCGCAACACCUACCUCAGUGACUGACCUUAAAUCUAUUCAUGACGUAAGCAAAGUGUUGUGAAAUCUGCAAGAAUUUACAAUAACUGAGACACCCUGUCCUCCAUCCUCAAUGCAUCUGUUUACAUUUCUUUUAUUGUUUUUAAUGUGUGUGUUGCCAACUAAAAGUGGGCGGCAUCAAUUAACCAACUUGCUCUUUUGGUUACCUAGCAACAACCGGAUUAAUUUGCAGAGCUGUAGUUUCAGGUUUGGCCUCUUGGCUGCAGUGUGGAGUAAAAGGAGAAAAUGAGUACAACAACUCUAGAGAAAACUGGAUAAAACAAAAAACAAAUACCCAACCUAAUCAAUAAUUAUUCAUAUUGACUGAUAUGAAAGCCUUAUAUUGUGAUGGAUGCAUUUUUCAACCAUAUUGUCCAGCCCUGUAUCUUUAAAUAAGAAUAAGUCCCAGUGCAAGGAGUCUGACUGUGAGUGUGAAACAGGAAUCUUUGUGUAUUCUGCCAUUUUGGAGUAAAUGAAAUGAAGGACUUAUGAAACUUAAUUGAACUGGGGUUUGGAGACGGAACAGGCUGCGACAAGACUUUCAUGUGCAUCUCCUGUAGCCGCUACGUCUGUGCUGGCUGCAACGUUUAGCAACGAGGCACUAUUUCAGGCUUAGAUAGCUUUGAAGACAGGCUAACUCAAGCCAGAGUUAUUCUACUUAAGAUGAAAAUAAAUGUUGAUAUACAUAUUUA